AUGGGCUGGGGGCUGGACCCAGAGGAGGACAGAGAAGCAGUGGGAUGUGAGACUACUUCCAGCGGAUUGCCUGUCAAGUGGAGGUUCAGACACUGUCCCCAUAGGUCCUCUCCCUGCUGCCUUCCUCAUUGUAAUUGCGGGAUAUCAGUGACCCAUACCGGCCCUCCUAUCAGGGUCUCCCUGGCAAACACGGAUGUGUCCUUUAGCUGCAGAAUCCAGGACUUCCUAAGAAUCCAGGACUUCAUUUUCCCUGCUAGCUUCUUUCACGUGGAUAUCCAUGGCCAGAAAAGCUUGGAGAGGCCGAUUGACUGCCAACACAGUCCUGGCAUGGAGAACCAGACCAUGGACUGCAUGGUUAAAUUCAGCCUGCCAAAUGCAUCAGCCACAGGCACUUACUACUGCAUAGUCAGAGGACAGGAGACAUGUCAGAGCGAUGGCGUCUUCAUUCUGGUCAGAGACACAGGGUACCAGCCACCUUCAUUCAAGGUCCAGGAGGCUCUGCUGCUUAGCUUCACCAGCUUGAUGAGCGUCCUGGGUGUGCUGGGUACAGCACUGCUGCUCUGGAGGAAGAAACAGAUAUUAGUUCUGGGCAAGCACACUGGUAAGACCUGCCCUGGUCCCAAAUCCACCAUUGGAACCACAAAGCCUCCAGGAGAAUCCAUCUACACGUCCCUACAGCGUCGAGAGACAGAAGUCUACGCCUGCAUCGAGGGAGAGACUGGCAGCCCUGUAUCCAGCCAAAGCCCAGCCACCAAGAAGAAACUGAAUAGAUUUGAGAAUGACAACGAAUUUAACCUCGUAUAUGAAAAUCUCUAGGAAAAGUUCUACAAGCUCCGAGCCUUAUCCUGGAUUAGGACCCCAGAGUCACAGCUCUUGUCUGAGGACCUGCUUUGGCCCAGGAGUAGGGCCUUCAGGACAGGCCAUCACCUCACCUGCACAUUCUGGCCUCUCCCUACCUUGGCCUGGUCUGCUCUCACAUUCUGCAUCCCAGCCUGAACAGUUCAUGUCUCUGGGCUUUUGCCCAGGCUGCUCCCUCCAUCAAGAAUGCCAUUCCUGCCGGGCGGUCGUGGCGCACACCUUUAAUCCCAGCACUUG